AUGGAUGACGACGCAUUUUACGAGCUCUGGGAAAGCGAGGAUGAGACGGACUACACAAGUUAUUCUGGAGACAAAGACAAACCCGGAGAAUCUCUAGAACAGUACUUAAACGAACUCAAAAUACUUGCGAAAGACUGUGACUUUAUUGCAGUGAAUGCUGAGCAGCACCGGUAUGAAAUAAUUCAAGAUGCGUUUAUAAAUGGACUCAUUUCGAAUCAAAUAAGACAGAGACUAUUAGAAAACAAAAGUGUCGAUCUUAGUACGGCUUAUGAUCAAGCACGUUCGCUAGAUGUGGCGCAACAGGGUUCCAGUGUCUUUUCAAACUCUGAGUGUCCCUACUUCAGUCUAACGGCACACACCGGAGUCAAGCCAAUUGAUUCCUCUAAGCCAGAAGAAAAACACUCUGCCGCGAUCCAAAAAGGAAAACCCUCUCUUGGUUUUGAGGCUAUUCCAGACACCCGCAGACUCGUUGUCCUGCGCGGAAAGCAGUCUGUCACAAAUGCAAAAAAAAAAAAACACAAUCUACGAUUGGCAGUAUCAGCAUCAGCAGGUUCACCCUUCCGAGUAACCUCCAUAGUUAUACUGAACAAUACUUACAAAUCCGAAGCAUUAAUUGAUAGCGGUAGCACUGACAAGAGCUUCAUCAGUGAGAGGCUAGUGAACAUACUCAACAUCAAAACGGUCAACAUCAAAAUGGUGAUUGACUAUUCAGAGACAACGAAUAUACACAGCUUGAUGCCUACCCUCUUCCUAAAAUCGAUAAGUUAG